UGGCCACUGAUACUCAGUUAAAUGACCUUGAGCGUUUUUGCAUUAACAGUGAACCGCCAAGUAUUUUAGGUGUGGAUGCUACUUUCAAUAUUUGUGAUUAUAACGUAACAAUCACCACUUACAAGCAUCUGUUACUUGUAAAAAGUAACACUGAAGAACAUCCAGUUAUGAUUGGACCUACCAUUAUACAUUCUCACAAAACCUUUGAUUCAUAUUACACACUUCCGAGUAAUAUCGUCAGAUUUAAGCCUAAUGCUGUCAAUUUGAAAUCGUUUGGAACCGAUGAAGAAACAAACAUCCAUCGAGCAUUUACAACAACCUUCCAAAAAGCCGAUCAUCUGUUAUGCUCCAUACAUGUCAAAGACAAUAUAGUCAAACAAGCAAAAAAACUUGGUAUGGAAAAAAACGAAAUUUUGUAGGAUAUAUUUGGCAAGAUCAGUGGUGAAACAAAAAUAAAGGGUUUAGUGGACUGUGAAACAGAAGAGGAGUUUGAAGAAAUGUAUGAAAAGAUAUCAGAAAAAUGGAAAGUUAAACCAAAUGGGCCAAAAUUCAUAGAAUAUUUUGAAAAUUUCAAAAAAAAUUCAAUGAAAGAAAAAAUGCUGUCGAGUGUUAGAAUCAAGUGUGGCCUUGGUAAUCCACCAGAACCAUAUACACAAAAUGCGAAUGAGUCAAUCAACUCAAUGAUAAAACGGAGCAAAGAAAGUGGAAAACUAACGUUGAAACAAACAGUGAAAUUGAUGCAAGAUGAGGUAAAGAAGCAAGAAGAGAAAGUCAAACUUGCUUUAAUUGGGAAAGGGGAUUGGAAACUGGCAAAGGGAUACCAGCAGUUCUUUAUAAUUGAGAGCAAAUUUUACAACAUGAUCUCGACCCAAAAGGAAAGCUGAAAUCGAUAAGUUCA